GUUAGUUCCAUCGCUUGGCCAUAGAGCACUUCGCCCCACAGCGCAUACCCUUCUCCAUCUCUCGCCACUCUCUCUCCCUCUCUGCAAGCGUGCACGGACGCCAUGGACAAUCCUCCCGCGGCGGCGGCCAACAACGUGGCCAAUCCUCCGGCGGCGGCAGCAGCCAACGACGUUGCCAAUCCUCCGGCGGCGGCAGCAGCCAACAACGUGGCCAAUCCUCCGGCGGCAGCACCUGCGGCUGCUCCAGCAGCGAACGACCCCGCUGCAGCGCGCGCCGCGCGGCACACCGCCUGGAAGAAGGACAAGAAGCUUGCAAUCAUAUCUCUGGUCGUUCUGGCGAUCGUCCUGGUUCUGGUUGCGGUGCUGUGCCUCCAACCCUGGAAAAAGUAGAGAAUCUAUGCAUCAAGAUGCGUGGCGUGCUCUGAGUGCUUCUGUGGGAUCGAGGGACCUGAUCGUGUGCGUGGUUAAGGAGUACUACUACGUACGUCCAACCUAUAUAUGCAGUUUGUUCUUCGUACCAUCUAUGUAGUUCAUUGUGGACCAAGUAAAAUUUCAGAUUGGUGUGCCGACGGUGAACAUGCAACAGCUGCUUAAUUAGAGCUCACUCAAGUCAGUACUGUGCUCUGAUAAUAUAUAUUUUUUCUUCA